AUGGCGUUCAAUCAGAAAAAUCCGCCAUGGCAGCGGAAUGCUGGGCAUCAGAGUAUGGCCAAUAUGCAGGCAAUUGUAAGCUUCCCGCAAGCGCAACCUGUCUACAAUCCCAAUAUAGGUCUGCAGCAACAACAGCAACAGCAGCAGCAACAACAACAACAGCAGCAUGCACAGCAGCAACAACAACAACAGCAGCAAAACAUUUCCAUCCUACCGCAAAUGGGCAUUCAACAAUCGGCCAUCUAUUCGCAGACGGUUCAAUAUCCCACGUCCCGGCCAAUCAAUGCGAUCGGUUACCAGAACCAGCCUCAAUCACAGCCCACACCCCAACCGCAGCAAGUCAACCCGAACACACCGAAAUUCAACCCGAACAACCGGGCGUUCAGCGGCACCGGGCUGGUAACGAAGCUUCAGAACGAUUACGGCAUCAUCGAUGAACAAGUGUUCUUUCACACGAAUACCUGCGUGAAGGGCAUACUGCCGAAAGUAGGUGACCGGGUGCUGGUCGAUGCGGCCUACAACACCAACAUGCCGUUCAAGUGGAAUGCGUCCCGCGUACAGGUACUGCAAACCACCAACAUAAACUCCUCGAUGGCCCCGCACACCAACUCGUCGGCGGCGCGAGCUCACACCAGCCCGGCGUACGCCACGAAUGCCGGGUCGCAGAACAGCGAAUCCGAAUCGCGCGCGAACGUACGCAACCGGUACAGCAACAACAACACACCGGCACGGAAGUCACCGGAUCGUAAUAUGCGUCGAUCGUCCAACUCUCGCUCGAAGGAUGAUUAUGACGAUGUAGAGCGCCGACGGAAGCGGGACGACCGUGAACCGGACAGGAGUUCGUACCGCGAAAAGCGGCGCGCACGUUCGCCGGAGCGAGCACGCGAGAGGGAACGCAGCCCCGUUAAGAAGCAUUCACCAAAACGGGCACGCCUCCGUUCAGUUCCACCAUAUAUGGUGCAAGUACCGAAGCAGUUGCUACCUAUCAAAACUGUCAGCAUUCUGGAGCUGCGCGCCCGCUACCCGAAACUAUACAUCCCGUCCGACUUUUUCCUGGCGGAAGUCGGUUGGCCCAAAGCGUUCCCCCCGAGCGCACCCCUUCCCCUGCACACUGGUUGCCACUAUCACGUGUUUAACAAGGAGGUGGAACGGCCGCUGCCGCUGGAGAAAACGAUUCUCGAUCCGACCGAUGCGGACUAUCUGUACAGCGUAAAGGUGAUGCUGAUGAGCACACCGGAGCUGGUGGAUAUCUACAAAAAUUGUUUCUACCGCAACGAGAAGGAGCGGCGGGACGAGUCGCGCAACUAUCUGCAUCCGACGCGCAUGGUUAAUUUCCUGGUUGGUGCACGGGGCAAGAACGAGCUGAUGGCGGUCGGUGGCCCAUGGUCACCAUCGCUGGACGGGGCGAACCCGCACAAUGAUCCGAAGGUACUGAUGCGGACGGCCAUCCGCACGUGCAAAGCACUCACCGGGAUCGAUCUUUCGGCGUGUUCGCUAUGGUACCGUUUCGUGGAUAUCUAUUACCGUCGCACUGAAUCCUACCAUAAAGGUCGUUUGAUUCCGCCACGCGUUGAAACGGUGGUCAUAUUUCUGCCCCGUAUGAGUGCCUGCAUACCAGCGGAAAGCCAGUGGGAUAAGAUACAGCAGACUUACCAACUUCAGUUGGAACGCAUUCUUAAAAGUAGCAACACCAGCAGCGGUGGGGAGGACGCCGUUGGCGGCGCCACCGUGCAGGAGCAGGAGGAGCAGCAGCAGCAGGUGCUAGCCGAAACAUCUGCACCUGAAUCACAAAAUUCUAACAGCACGGAAGACGAGGUUGCCAAGUCCACUGGGUCCUCUAGUGUUGCGGUGGAAACGUCGUCGGGAGUGGAACCGGCGGAACAGCAGGAAUCGAAGCAGCAACAGCAGCAACCGAACGCUGCUACGGUGGAGUCGGCGAAAUCAUCCGGUGUUGCAGAACCGGCAGCAACAGCGGUAUCGGUGAGCGAGGAAAACGGAGGAAACCAGGGCGGCGGCGGCGGCGGUAGCAGCAGCACCAACAGUAGCAGCAUAAUAAUGCCGUCCACGGACACGACGACGACGGCAACACCGACAAUGGCUGCGGUGACGGAAGUGGAUACCGAGACGCUACUGAUGGAAUACAAGAAGAUGAAGGUAGCUGAGCUGAAGGCGGAACUAACGAAUCGCAACCUUCCGACCGACGGUGUCAAGGCGGUGCUGCUUGCUCGUCUAUCCGAUGCAAUCAUUGAAGAAAAGCAGGCGCAACAGUUGAUAGCAGCAAAAGCAACCGAAAAAGAAGAAGCGACAGAAGAAGAACUAGAUUCUUCAAACGCACCUGCCAGUACCGAGGAGGUUACAACAGCUCCAUCGGAGGAUACGCCUGAUGAUGUCAAAUCUGGCCCCACCGAUGUGGAGAUGCACGAUGUGUCUGACGCUCCACCAAAGCAAGAAUCGGAUGCCGCCUCGAACGACAGCAAACCUAAAACUGCUGUUACCUCUGCCAGCAAGGGUGAUUCCUCGGAGGCGAAUAAAACGGAUCCGAAUGCUGCCACAACAACCGUUCCACCAGCACGCAAGAAGGAACCGACCGUCGUCGUAAAGCUAAGCGAGAAGGACCGUAAAAACCUUGAACGUUGGUACACGAUGCCGAAGGAACCGCACGUUCUGGUGCAUCCGUCGCGUACGGCCAAAUCGGGCAAGUUCGACUGCUCGGUCGUGUCGCUGUCGGUGCUGCUAGACUAUCGGCCGGAGGACACGAAGGAACAUUCCUUCGAGGUAGCAUUGUUUGCCGAGCUGUUCAAUGAUAUGUUGGCACGCGAUUUUGGUUUCAAAAUCUACACCGAACUUCAUAAGCUAGCAAAGGCGAACGAAAAAGCCGUCGAAACAAAGAAGGACGGCGGUACGGCAGCGGUAUCCGGUGGUACGGAAAGUGCAAAAACUGCGGGCGAGACGAGCAAUGGCGAGGAAGGCAAAACAAGCGGUACCGAGAAGAGUGACGGCGCCAGAGGGAAGGAUGAUAAGGAGCAGAACGAUCGUAGGCGCCGACAGCGCAGCGUGGACGAUGAUCAUCGUUCCGCUAAGCCGGACAAGGAACCGGCCCGCUUUUACACUGUUCAGCCGGAACUGUUGCUCUCGUUUGUGUACUUCGACAUUACUCAGUGCGGGUACAUGCAGGAGAAAGAUUUGGUUGAGUUGAUUUACUGCUUGGGGCUGAAUUUGUCACGUUCGCAGAUUCGCAAAACUGUUGGCGAUGUGGCUGCCGCCAAGCAUACGCUGCACUACAGGCAGCUUACCGAUAAAGCGCUCGAUGCAGACAAAUCACAUAACAAAAAGGAAUCGGUGGCUGACCCGGAUGGGUUAGAGAACGAGUUAACCGAACAGCAAGCUCUGGAACUGGCACGUGGCAAUACUGACUACAUGUGCCAGCUGCAAACGAGCGUGAUGCAACUGGUUAAUGGUGACGAGUUAACGCAAGAGCCUGCAUCAAAGAAGAUCAAAACCGAACCUGCCCAAGAUCUUCCCUCUACAUCCGAUGGUCUGAUCGAGUACAACGGUGCGAUCGUCGAUGUGGGCAAAAAUUUGGAGCAAACGAAAAUCAUCGAACAGGCACGGGAGCGAGCAGAACGUUCGUUGGAGAUGGUGCGCAACUUGAACGAGGAGCUUACCACCAGCAAUAAACGCUCCGCGCAGCAGAUUAGCGAUCUGUUGGCCGAUUUGAAGGCGGCGAAGAAGAAGUUGAGCGACAACGAACAAACUAUUCGCGAUUUGACGCGCAAAAACACUGAAUAUCAUUCGAUUAUAACCAGUGUGUAUGACCGCGUCCGUACAGCGGUGAACAUACCCGAUCGUAAACGGUCCACAUCCACCGUGUCAAUGUCCAAGCGGGAAAGCUCGAAGGAGAAAACAUCUGCACCGAAAGAGAAGGAAUCGGGUGGCAGCGUUCCCACCCAGGAUGUGAAGAAGCAGGACAAAUCGGUCGGUGAGGCGGAUAAAGCAAAGCGUGAACCAAGUACCGCCGCCCCACAGGGAGGUGACCAGGUGGAGGAAACUCCAUCGCAGCCGAACGUCACAAAGGAUGGGUCGGCGUCAAACGAUACGGAUCAUCCGGAUGGUGCGACUGUUGAUGCUAAAACAGAAAAUCGUGAAUAG